UACAAAGGAUAAGUUGCUCUGCCCUAACAGGUGCCACUACAUCUACAGGAGAUUCUGGAGAGUUCAAGUAACGUUACAGUGUGAACACUCCCACUAAGUAAUGACAGGAGUUUAUCAGGCAAAGUGAAAACACCUGCGUGGAUAUGGACCAAGAAUGUGUGGGGAGGGGCUCUUAAGUUUUGACUCAAAUCAAACUAUAGACGUUAGCUUCGGGGUCAUGCUAACAUUACAAGAUUGGAAGAUUGCUUACAGUUGCACCACGAUGAGGCCAUUUCUCCACCCCAUAUUGUGAUAACAGACUCUUCCAAAGCCGGGAAGGUGAAAAGCCAGCAAACCAGAAGAUCACAGAGAAGAGGACGAGAGAAACAGAACAGCAUUACUUGGUCCCCUGCAAGGAAAUAGAAGCUGUCCAAGGUGAUAAUGCGGGAUCACACGUCCAGUGCUCAUGUGGAGGAGCUGUUGAGACAGUCUCAAAUGGAGUUACAGUGGAUCCAGAGACAGCUGGCCAUGAUCGCUGCCAGAAACAUACACCAUCACCACCUGCACACCAAGGGCAAGUCAAGAUAUGAAGUUUCAUCCCAGCAAGGUACUGGACUCUCAGUCUGCAAUGUAAGCCGCUUACUUCGAUUGCUGGAGGAAAGAAACCGAGCUCUGAAGCUUGAAGUAGCUACACUACGCCAAGAGAAACAGCACUACAGAAAACUGGUGGUCUCGGAUGGCAAGGUGUGUGAGCUGUUGUCUUGGCAACACGCCCAUUUGCAGGAGUGUGGACAGACUGUCAGAGGGGAACUGACAGAGCAUAAUGGCUGCUUGUGUUACGAGCCUCAAUGGCUUGAAUUUAGUGUAGCAGCCAGCCGAGCGCUCACCCCCGGCUCACGUUGCCCAUUCUGCGCCCUCCUCUCCCCUGAGGAGAGGCAGCGCCGGGCAGAUAAUUUUGCUGUUCAAGAUGAGGAGGUUUGGCGGCCCACUCACUCUCUGGACGAAGCCAUGGGCAUGCCGUUGCCGGAUGAGCAGGAGUCGGAUGACUCCACUCUCUCCAUCCACAGGUCUCUCCCCCAACCUUCAGUGGACGCUGGCCUCCAUGGGGGUGACUCCAGCCUUGAGGGGGCUCUCUCCGGCGAUGUCUCCAUCCAGCUGUCCGCCGCCACUUCCCUUGCAGUCUCCACACUCCAUGCUUUGUGUGUUACACUAUAUUUCCUCUCAUGUUUCACUCUUCACUUCUGUUCUCUUUGUUUUCUGUCAAAGGUCAAGGUUUGUGACCUGGAGCAGAAAUGCAGGUCACAGAGUGAACACUACCACCAGCGGUCCAAAGAGCUGCUGAAUUUCCGUUUGCAAUCAGAUACUGUGGCCCUUAAAAUUAAUCCCACAUCCUUAUCCCAGAUCCCCGUCUCAACAGAGAAGGAACUCUCACAAGUCACCAUUGGAUUUGAAGCCCAUCCUGAGGCAGGCGAUGAGAGCGCGGCAAACACGCCGCUUCUGAUCUCCCAGUUCUUGCCCUGCACACCACAGACUGGAGACAGAGAAAGACCAGAACUGCUGUCUGUCAAAUCCAGCCCCGUGAAAACGGACCGCCCCAGCAGCCCUCGAAAGCUGACCCUGUUAGAGAUGGAGGAUGAGGUCAGCCCAUCACCCAGGUCCAAGCCUCGCUACACAGGCCAGGUCCGCCUUUGCACUGCCCGUUACAGUUACAACCCUUAUGAUGGACCGAACGAGCAUCCUGAAGCAGAACUACCCCUUGUGGCUGGAAAGUAUCUGUACGUCUAUGGAAACAUGGACGAUGAUGGCUUCUAUGAAGGGGAGCUGCUGGAUGGCCAACGAGGACUUGUUCCUUCCAACUUUGUGGAAUUUGUCCAGGAUAAGGAAAAACUAGCAAUUCAGUGUGGGGAUGGAGGGGAAGACCUGGGCACACUGGACCAUGCACCCCUGGCCUUGAUGGCAGUGGAUGGAGGUGCCUCCCAGGAUGGCCUCCUGGGAUCAGCUAACGCCUUGGUUCCCUGUAGCAAUGGGACAGGGGGGCCUCUGGACCUUGAGGACCUGGCUGAAGAUGUUGUGCCUUAUCCCAGAAAGAUCUCUUUAAUCAAGCAGCUGGCACGGAGUGUCAUUGUGGCCUGGGAGCCUCCACUAGUGCCUUUGGGCUGGGGGAGCAUCUCUGGCUAUAAUGUGUUAGUAGACGGGGAGCUUCGUGCCAGCAUAGUGUACGGUGGGCGGACGAAGUGUUUGCUGGAGAAGCUGGACCUGGACGGCUGCGUUCAUCGUGUGUCGGUCCAGAGUGUCACGGACCGGGGCCUGUCAGAUGAGCUGCGCUGCACCGUGCUGGUGGGAGCCAACGUGGUGGUGGCACCGUGUGGUCUGCGGGUGGAUGACAUCCAGCGUGACACUGCUGAGCUCUCCUGGUUGCCUAGCAACAGUAACUAUGGCCACACCGUGUUCUUGGACGGGGUAGAGCAUGCAGUGGUAAAGCCAGGAAGGUAUAGACUACGGUUCCUCAACUUGAAGCCCCUGACAGUGUACAAAGUGACGGUGGUGGCACAGCCGCACCAGGUGCCAUGGCAACUGCCGCUGGAGCAGAGAGAGCGGAAAGACGCUGGUGUGGAGUUCUGCACUCAGGCUGCAGGCCCUCCCCAGCCUCCCCAAGAUGUACAGGUGCACUGUGGGCAGGCUCCAGGAAUCCUACAGGUCCGCUGGAAGCCCCCUGUCCUCUCUCCCACGGGCACAUCUAAUGGGGCAAACGUUGUUGGCUACGCAGUCUGCACUAAAGGACAGAGGAUUGCUGAGGUGUUGUACCCAAUGGCAGACUACGUUACUGUUGAGCUGACAAGGAUUCAGUGCCUGGAGGCCAGGGAAGUCAUCGUAAGGACGCUGUCAGUACAGGGAGAAUCCCAGGACUCCCAAGUCGCCGUCAUUCCAAACAACCUGCUCGUGCCUCUACCUGCGCUUCCCCUGCCACCACCAAUGCACCCCCACGCAGGCCCCCCUCCACACCCUCAUCCUCAACCCCACCUCCAAUCCCCUCACCUGCCUCAUGCCACACCCCAACUUCCUCCUCCACCCCAGGCACUUGGACAACCACAUCCUCCACACCCUCAACCCCAUCCCAGACUUCCCCAUCCAGGUGGACCCCAGCAACCCCUGCUUCGACCCCCACAUCCUCAACCCCAGCCCCUACAUCUUCAGCCUCACCCGCCCCACCAAGGUCCCAGGCCCCAGCACCAACUGCCUCUGCUACCCCAUCCCCAACACCACCCUAUACCUCAGAGACCAGUAUGUGCCAGAGACCUGGAUGCCAAAGAGCACGCGACCCACCACGGGGGAGCUAUUCCACCUGGCCAGCCUGGCUGGGACCCCACACGCUCUCCCUCUUCCCAGCCUCCUGUGCCAAUGCAAGGCCACACCCUUGAGGCCCCGCCCCCUCCCAAUCCGCGCUCCCCAUCCCCCCAGAGGAUUCUUCCGCAGCCACGAGGCACGCUUAUCCCGGACACUGUGGCCAAAGCUAUCGCCCGAGAAGCAGCGCAGAGGGUGGCAGCAGAAAGUGGCAAGGGGGACAGGAGGCAGGGCAGAUACGGAGAGCAGGGUCAUUCAUUUCCCCAGCAUCACUCUGAUGAGGAAGAGGAAGAUGAAGAAGGCUUUGUGCACGGCCGACGGAGAGGACCCUCCGUUGAUGAGUUCCUCAGAGGCUCUGAGCUGGGGAGGCCGCCUCACUAUAGUCACAAUGAAGAUUAUCACAGCGAAAGCAGCCGGGGCUCUGACCUGUCUGACAUCAUGGAAGAGGAUGAGGAGGAGCUGUACUCUGAGAUGCAGCUGGAAGAGGGACGCCGACGCAACUCGCACAACACACCCAAGACGAACACUCCGGCUGGAGGCCGUCAUGACCGUGAGACCGGGAGAAGAAUUCAUCAUGGCGGCUCCCAGCCUCAGAGACGACCUCUAAUGGUCCCCUCCAUUGAGGUAACCUCUGAGAAUAACAGUGAGGGAAACCUCUCCCCAAUCAACGAGGAUGUUUACUAUGGCAGAGUAGCUCGGCACAGGACGUGGUCAUCCCGCAGGCACAUGGGCGGCACCAGGUCUCCCCAUGAUGGCUACAGGGAUCGGGAUCGCCGCUCUCCCACGUACUAUGAUGAGUCAGAGCCAGAGGAGUCCUUCCGCAUCUUUGUGGCCCUCUUUGACUAUGAUCCUCUGUCCAUGUCCCCCAACCCAGAUGCAGCUGAUGAGGAGCUGCCCUUCAAAGAGGGGCAGAUCAUUAGGGUGUAUGGCGAUAAAGAUACAGAUGGGUUUUACAGAGGAGAAGUGAGGGGCAGGAUGGGGCUGAUACCCUGUAAUAUGGUGUCAGAAAUACGAGCGGAGGACGAGGAGACAUUGGACCAGCUCAUCAAGCAGGGCUUCCUGCCGCUCAGCACCCCUGUGGACAGAAUAGAGCAGAACAGAAGAGGUCUCCGUCGAGAUCAGGCCUCGAGGAGGAUGGUGGCUCUAUACGACUAUGACCCCAGAGAGAGCUCCCCUAAUGUUGAUGUGGAGGCUGAGCUGACCUUCUGUGCUGGUGACAUUAUGGCUGUCUUUGGAGAUAUUGAUGAAGACGGAUUCUAUUAUGGUGAGAUCAACGGCCACCGUGGCCUGGUUCCCUCUAACUUCCUGGAAGAAGUGCCUGAUGAUGUGGAGGUGUAUCUGACCGAUAUUCCGUCCCACUACCCCCAGGAAGAGUCUGCAACCCGGCCCCCUGCCAACUCUGCCGCCUCCAUCUCAGAGGGCAAACGGGUACAUCAUCAUCGCCGCUCUCAGCGCUAGGCCCUGUGUUCAUCCAUCCUCCGUCCUCUCUCUUGAUUUCCGUCUCUCGCUUCCUCCACUUGCCGUCUGUGUGCUGUUCAUUGUGUGUGUUUGUCCAUGUGGUGACAGUGGUGACUCUUUACAAACUAACAACCCCCAACCUCCCUCCUCCCUCCUUCUCACCCUUUGGAAAAGGGGACAAAAGUCCAGUGUUAACACCUUCCUGAGUCUCAGAGAAAGGAAGAAGCAAAGCCUGACACGGACAGAGAGAGGAUAGACUGUGGGAGCUCUGCGCGUGAUUUAUGCAUGUAGCACUGGUUAAGGAGGACUUGAAAAAGGCUGAACUCAUUCCUUACACAAGAUAAUUUGGUACCUCUUUGCACUGAAACACAAAAUCAAAUUGUGGUUAUUGUGUAUAAUGAUAAUAAGAAGAAAGUGCUUUAUUAACACAUAACAAUUGCUACCCAAUGACACUGAAAUAAAUUAUUUGAGAAGAAAACUAUAAAGAUGAAAAAGAGAGAAAAGCAUGCCUUUUUCAAACUUGAUACAUUUUAUAAUAACUUUCUUGGCCUGACUGCUGUAUUUCCUUAAAGAGGCGUUGUUCCUUUAUGUAUAUUGCACACACAUCAAAUCUAUUUUUCAGCCCUGUUGACAGUGGAUAUGCCAUGUUUGCUCUGAGCUCGAGAGACAAAACUAAUCGCAGCACUGAUACAUCCAUAUUGUGUUGUUACAAUGGAACAAUAAAAGAAAAAAAUUGGAUAUUAAAACAAUUCUUUUUUUGCA